AUGGCAAUGCUUAAUGUUUCAAAUAGUACAACCCAUGGAUUUGAUCGUGUGGUAGACAUUAACCCGUCUAAACUAGAAUGGUCUGUGGUGGUGGGCGUUGUUCGAAUGUACGAGGUUUUGAGUCAGUGGAAUCCAGAUGAAGUUUUUAGCAUUGAGAUGAUCCUUCAGGAUGAAUGGGGUGAUCGGAUCCAUUAUACUAUACCGAGGAACAACAUUGUGAUAUUUAGGAGUGUUAUCUGCGAUCAUGAAAUCUAUUCCCUGAAGAAUUUUAUUGUGCAAGGCUAUAAAAAUUCAGUGAGGACUACACCUCACAAAUAUAAACUAAGCUUUUAUAUGAAAACGCCUGUGUCUAGACUCACUCCUGACACAUUUCUUUUCAACCCGUAUCGAUUCACAAAGUAUGAAGAAAUUGAGUCAAUGGCUUUGGUCGUCGCUCAAAACCACCUGAUCAAUUGCAUUGGUCAUGUGGUAGCUAAAGAAAAUGUAAGAGAUUUGGUAACCAAAACUGGGCAACACACUAAACGCAUAGUGGUUUAUUUGAAGGAUUUAGAGCCAGAUUGUGAGCCAUUAGUUAUGGUUGCCCAGCUUUUUAAACCAUAUGUGUAUUUGAAUGAUGUUAACAUCCAAAGUAGCUUUGAUCCUUCUCGAGUAUAUUGUAACGCUGACUUCCCUGCUGUUAUUAGUUUCAAAAAGAGUUUACUUGAGCAAGGUGAUCUAGCUUCUCAGAGAAUCAAUCUUAUUGAGAGUCAUGGCCAAACUUCCUUGUAUGAUGAAUCCCAGGGAAUAACUCCAAUCAAGUCAAUGGAAGAAGUUCUAAACUUGGACCAUGAGACAUCCUGUUGGGUUGUUGGUACCAUAGUUUUUGUCGAUGUGGAUUUGAAGGAUUGGUAUCACCUUGUUGUCAUCCUUACUGAUGGUACCGGUUGUAUUAAGGUGACCUUAUGGAAUUCAGAAGCCAAAGCUAUUCACAACUAG